CUCUCUCCUUUGCAGAUAGUAAGUGCGCAUCUCCAUCUCUCCUCUGGAUCCUGUUUCUGGACCCUUCCCCUGCAGCUCCACAGUGGAUGAGUGGACCGUGGGAAUUUUCUCAAACUCGAAGGAGAAAAGAAACAAAACAACUUGUUCGCAGCUGUUGGAGCUCAUCAGGCGUGAAGGAGCAGCGGGGCCAUUUACAUGAGAACAUGUCCAGUUCAUUGGAGAGGGUUGUGGCCCAGAAGAAGGAGGCCAUCGAGGCAGUGAUGGAUAUGUUCCAGCGGGGGGCUGAGGUGUUGGCCAGUGCUGUGGGUGAGCUCUUCCCCCUCUGUGAGGCCGCCGCUCCGGUUCUCCGCCUGGCCUUAGACAACGUCCACAGCAAAGAGGUCUUUUAUGUCAAAGAGCAAUUUCUGACGGUGCGGAACAAGCUCGACUUGCUCUCCAGCCAACUGGAAGACAUCGACUGUGAGAUCAAGAAGGGGAGGCUGGACUCCCAGUACUUCUCUGUGGAGGAGAACAUUAGGAACCAGUUUAGGAAAUAUAUGGACAUCUUGGAGGCAAAACAGCAGUUCAAGGAAGUGAAGAAGAGACUUUUCCUGGAGCACUUUGCUAAAACCGGGGGAGAGAAGAACCUGUUUGUCUUGUAUGAUGCUCUGAUGGGCACCAACACCUUUGGAGAGUCAGUUUUAGAGCUAGUAGAAAAGUAUGUGGCGAGGAACCGUCGUCUCCUGGAGGAUUUCUGUGUCCGCAUGAAGGAGCUCUUCUGUUUGGGCCUGAUUGCUCUGCUGGGCCACUGUGCCUUAACCCAAGGCCCAGAGGAAGAAGAGGACAAAAUCCAAGAGUGGAGCAGCAAAAUUGAAGAAGUAGAGUCCAGAAUGAAGACAAACAUCGAGUCCUGUAUUGCUGCUUUCCCAGAGCAAGCAAAAUUAGACGCCCAGCGACUCCUGCAAGAAAAGGAGGAAGAAAACCUGCAAGAUUCAACUCAGCAGCUUCUUGAGUUCUUGGUGAAAAAAUAUGACUGGGUCAGCUGGUCAGUGAGGCUCAUCAACCAUUCAGGCAGCACCUACCGGAACUGGCGAGCGGGGGAGCACUUCCAUCACGUGGCAGGCCACAACUGGUUCGAGGUACUCCAGGUGAACAACAUAAACCUGGUGGUGUCGUACAGCACCAAACCGCAGCCGGUGCCCCGCGACUGCAUCCGACAGGUGAUGGAGGGUCAGGGGAAGAAGGGAAACGCCCCGGCAGUGGUGGAGGCGCUGGAGAAGCAGCUGUGCGGGUUUGUCGUUCACGCCGUCAGUCGCCACAAGGAGUCCGCCGCUGCCUGGAGCUUUCCAGAGGAGUGUCACUACUGGGAGAGACACAAGAACGUGGCAGUGUGCGUGCACUCUGAGUAAAGCUGUCACAUGUAUUCAGAUUGAGAGACUAUAGAUUGUGUUGCUUGUCCAUCUGCAACACUGAGGUGAGAAUAUCAGUAUUUUAGUUUAUCAUAAAAAACUGAAAAUACUGAAUCUGAUAAAGAAGGGCUGCACAGAUCCGAUAGAAGUGAUUAGGUAUCAGUGUGAUACACUGACCUUAUUAAGUGAACUGGGUAUUGGCCAGAUGCUACCAGUCCAGAUAUAAGUGUUAGUUCAGGUUAUUUACAGAUGAGUUUAAAGUACAAUAUUAAGUUGCAUUAAAUGGAAAUAGUUAAAUACAAGAACCUCAAAAUUGUACUUAACUUUUUUCGUUAUUUUCCAGCUCUGUGUACAGUUGCAUCCUCAUGUUACUUUACACAAGAAAGACCGCCAUCGAUCGAUGCAGUGAGCUAUUAAGAUAUUAAUGGGGGGAGGAGAAACAGAUCUGGUUCUGGGUCAGUGUCGGUCAGUACCCUGAGUUUGCGUAUCAGAAUCAGUAUCGGGGUGCAUCCCUACCAGAACUAUAGUAUUUCAGACCCUUUAUUAAAAGAAUUUAAUCACAAAUGCACUUUCAGCUUUUAGUGUCAACUCUUCAUACAGUUGAUAUUUAAAUCACACAUUUGAUGUGAAUUUAUUUAUUUAUUUAUGUUGCAGCUGUUUAAAUAUUAACUGCCUGCAUGUUGUAAAACUAUGUGACUACUAACCAGUUUGUUUAUAUCUAUAAGAAUUUUUACACGAACACUGUACUGUAUAUGAAAAUGGGAAGCGUCUAUGCUUUUACUUUACCUCAGCAGCAUAUACAGUCAUAAUCCAGUCCCCCAUGAGAAAUGGCUUCUGCACCUACAGCGCUAAAGAGAUGGUUUUGCUGAGGCUGCAUCUGCAGAGCUGUGCUCCCAUUUUGUCUCCGCCCAGCAGGCUGGCCUACAUAACUCUGACAGGGAGCGCAGAGGUUACUUUCUCAGGCAUGAAAAACAAAAAGAGGCUCGGAGUUUGGCACCAGAGACGCGACAAUGUGCCUUGUGUUCCAAACACAUUCAAACCCCUUGAUGCUGAACCAAAGCUACUGAAGCCCAGUGCUGCCAAUGCUGUGCCUCUGAUCAUGAAGCCUGAUGGUUUGUGUUAGUUGUUUCAGCCUGGAUGAGGAGGUGAAGUCGUCUGCAAGAUUCUUCAUUUAUAUGUUUUAUUUUGGUGAUAAAUGGUGAUUAUUGCUUUGUUGUUUUAUUCCUUCCAGCCAAUGAUGGAUUUUUUUAUGAUGCAUGUAUGAUUUUCUGCCUAAGUGGGUGGAAUUUUACGCUGUCUGUUAUGAUAUCCCUGCUCACACUAAACACACUUAUUUUUUGCACAUUUCAAGUGAACCACUGUGAUUUUUACUAGAAAUUUGAACUGACUCCACUCCCUGGCCAUCCACCAAAACAAACACACCGCCUGUAUUAACUGGGGGAGGUUUAAAAUUGACUGUUAUAGUGAUAUAGAAAGGUAAAUUGGUUUACAAUUUAUAUCAAAAUGUCAUGUACCAAUGCUUACAUACAUUAGCUCCUAUAUUUAUGCCAAAUCUCAAUAAAAUCAGUGCAUGAUC